CUUUAUCUUACUCUCCAUCCAUCAAUCCAAAUAAUAUCAAACAUGUCUGCUUCCAAGGUUUACGUCGGCAAUCUCUCGUGGAACUCCACCGAUGACACCCUUCUCCAGGUCUUCUCCGCCUACGGUACCGUCACCGACUGCAUCGUUAUGAAGGACCGUGAGACUGGCCGAUCCCGAGGUUUCGGUUUUGUUACCUACGGUUCCCCUCAGGAGGCUGAGGCUGCCAUUGCCGCUAUGAACGAGCAGGAGCUCGACGGCCGUCGUGUCCGAGUCAACAUGGCCAACUCUCGUGGCUCUGGGGGCGGUGGUUACGGUGGCGGUUACAACUCCGGCUACGGCGGUGGUUACCAACAACAACAAGGCGGCUACCAGCAGGGUGGCGGUUUCAACCAGGGCUACGGCGGUGGUUACGGUGGCUCAGGCUACGGUGGCGGUGCCCAGGGCGGUUACGGUGGUGGCUACGGCGGCCAGCAGGGUGGCUACGAGCAGGGCGGCUACGGUGGUAACCAGGGCUUCGAUGCCCAACAAGGCUACGGAGGUGCUGCCGGUGGUUAUGGCCAACAACAGGGUGGCUACAACGGCGGCUACUAAGUCUAUCAAUAUAAUUGAUCUGCUUCCUCCCUUCUCUUACCUUGUGCCAAUACCACCUUCCUAGUUUUCAAAAUAAAAUAGCAAAUUCAAAGUCUUUUUUCGCUUUCAUCUUUUUUUUAAAAAAAAACACACCAAGAGUGCUCCCGUUUGCAUCUGUCUGUACUUGACUUCCUCUUCAAUUUCGUUAGUGCGUGGUUAUCUAGGGCGCCAGAGGGCUACUAUGAAUUGCGGGUGACUCAAAAACGGUAUCAAUGGGGGUUUGUAAAUUUACAGUUGCCAUCGGAUGAUUAUCAGGAUUACUUUAACGCGGAAAGGGAGACACACGGGAUCCUACAUGACUUUUGUGAAGGACGUAGAAGAAGUCAAAUGACACAUUGUUCAAAGACGGAAUAUAAGGCUUUGCUGUAGAUACAUUAUGUUCAACUGUAUACGUAUCUAGUUCCUCAUAGAAUAUCAUUGCUGGAUUGAUCUCUAGUAAGGAUGGGGAAAAUAGUACAUGGGUGUUCGACAUCGG